GGGGGGGCAUGUCUUGACCUUCAUGAUCAGGGGCAUAACAGACUACCAGGAGAAGAAGAAGAAGGCAAUCAAUGGCUGCCUCUUCGCCCUGAUGAUAAUCUACUUUCACCUUUCAAAAAACAAACGCAACAACAGGGGUGAAAGACCACCAAAGCCAUGGAUUGCCAACUGGACUAAGGAGCAGUUGGUGAAAAGAAUGAAUGAAGAGAGAGAGGAAACUUUGGGGAUUCUGAAUUUGGCAGAGACAAAAGAAAAAAUGAGAAAAAAAGAAAAAAAACAAAAAGAACAGGAAAUAAAAAAAACAAAAAAAAGGAAGGCGAGCUCAACAUCGUCUUCGGAGACAGAAACUACCGAGAGUGACACUUCUACCUCUGAGUCUGAGGCUCAAGAAGACUCGGAGGAUUCGGGAAUUAAACACCCCGGCAAAAAGGGGAAAAAAAUGGACUCAAGAAAAAGAAAGCAGAGGGAAGAGGAGUCGGAUUCUGAUUCAGAAUCUGAAUCUGAACCAAGUGACGAGAGCAAAGAAUCAUUGCCUGCGGAGAAGGAGAAGAAAAAGAAAGAAACAAAAACAACUCCAAAAGAAACACCACAAAAAAAGAAAAAAGUAGUUGUGGAGGAUUCACCUCCUGAAGAAGAUCAAUACUUUGACGGUGAGACAUAUGAAAUAUCGAGUGACGAACUCGAUGAAUGGCUAGGGGAAAACGUUCGUAAAUCUGCUGCAGAGGGGGACAACCAGCCUGACCUGGGAUCGACAGAAGAUCGCUAUGUGUGCUCUGAAACACUACCGGCUGUCAACUUGGGAAGUGAUGAUACUUCCUCUCAAAGACGCACAGAACAGAGUAGUGUAACCCUGCCGUCUCAGAGCAUAAAAAAAAGCCCUUUAUUAUUUUAUUCAAGAAAAAAAAGGCAGCAAAAAAAAGCAAAAACUGCAACUAUGUUGACUCCGGACGAUUCGAAUAUGAUGGUUGUUAGGGAACAAACGCCGUCGGAAGCGCUUGCAAUAGUCCCGAUCCAAUUUUUUGUGCCGCCAUCCCAGCAAACAACCACUGACGCAGAUUCCGAACCAACCCCUAUGCUACAGAUUGAAGGGGCUAGAGAAACCACUCCUGAAACCCCCAAACAACAUCAAGAAACAACACCCAAGCUUCCCCCAGCUCCAACAAAAAUUCAUCCAGACGCCGAGGGCGUUGCUGCCCUGUUGAUGAUGGCACGGACAACAAGCUAUGUUCCUAAAACAGAUCUGCCGAUGCCAUCAUUCAGCCUCGGAUUGACAGAUUCAAGCCAGGAGGGGGCGUCGACGCAGGAGACAGAAAGGGAAAAAUCUCCAGAAACUGCAACUAUACUGGAACAAUUGGACAGUUUGGUCCAAAAGUUAGCAAAGGGAAAAGACGAAAGUCCGCAAAUUCGGAGGGAGACUGGGGGAGAAAGUUCUGCUAAGUUUGAAACACCGGGGGGAACAAAUCAAAUUCCGGAUGAUAUGAAAGAAAAGUGCUACAUCUGGGGGACGAGACUGAAGGAGGAUGCAAAGGGUGAUACUAACGAGUUUGAGGAGAUAUGCAUUGUGACUGGCCAAGGAGAGUACAUUUUGAUGAGAACGCACCUUGCAUCCCUCCAGGCAAACAGUGAUAUAGAAUGUCAGGUUGUAUCUGCCAUCUGCCUCAUCCUAAACCAGAAAAAGGAAAAGAGGUUUCAUGCACAAAUAUACUGUCUCCCCCAGAUAUUGUGAGCAUGGCACUUUCUGAUCACCCAAAGGGGGAAUUCAUAUCUCCGAAAACGAACAGAGAAUUCAGGGUGGAAGCCUACCCCAAUUUCAUUCCCUUCAUAGAUAGGAAAAAAUUAAGUUCGCAUCCAUAUAUUUUUGCUCCUGUUUGCCACUCGGGACAUUGGUGGUUAUGGCUGAUAAAUACAAGAACGCGAAAAUGUCAAAUACUUGACCCGCUGC